AUGCUAAUUAAUGCAAGUUCCAAUGAAGCAGCUGCUCGUUUUAGUAAUGCCAAUGUAACAAAUAAAUUAAUCCUUAAUAAUAUAUGUACCACAGCGAAAAAUUCUGCAAGAUCCAGACGCCUGCACAAUACCAGUGUCAGCGAACUGUACCGAAUGGCAAAUAAAAUAAAAGAGACUGCUACUGUAGGGUGUCAUGUGUAUGAUAGCGUCGGCGCAUUGGCACAAAGAUUGAGUUCAACACAAAAUACUUGCUGGUGUCAUCUGCGAAAAGACCAAGUAAAGUGCGUGAAUUGUCAAAGAGCUGCAGCUGCCGCCGCGACUACGACAACAAUGGCGACAAUGACGACGAUGACCACCAAAGUCGCGGCUGGUAGCAAUGAAAGCGCUACUGCUGAAAGUGAUAUUGAAGAUGAUGACUGUUCUGAUUCUAAUUGUGAUUCCGAUUCUGAUACGGCCGAGAUAGGCAAUGUUACGGUUAAUGAAGGCGGCGAUGCCAGAUCGUGCAUUGAUUGUAAGACAGUUACGGAGAAUGCAUUUGUCGAUAACGAAGUGACAACGGUUUUGAAUGGUGCUAAAUUUAGUCAAAUAAUGAAUAUAUUUCAAAGUAAUAUUAAUAAUGCUGCUAGUGAUUCUAAUAAAUGCAAAGAAGCAUUUGCAAAUGCUUAUGUUAAUAAGAAUAAUGGGAAAACUGUUUAUAAUAAGGAUAAACGUAAUAGUAAUAGUGAUACAAUAGUGUUUAGUGAACGUAGUCCAAAACUCGCAACUAUAAAUUUAAGCCAAAAUAGUAGUAGUAGUAGUAAUUUAAUUGAAAGUAGUAGUGAAGAAACCAAAUCUAAUGUGCAUGGUACAAAAAGAAAUUCGACGCUAACUGACGAAGCGAUACGUAGUAAUGAGUUUUGCGCACAAAGUGACAUUUUUGCUUCAGCGCGUGCGCAACUGCUUACCUUCUGGCUGGCAUUUGUUGCUUUCUGUGAUGCGGUCACCAUUAAACAUGACGAUCCGCGCCUCAAAGAUGCACGGCGACGUCAAGAACAGCAGAAAUCCAGCAAGGAGCAACAAAAGAAAUCAACAGAAUCGCAAACGCUGCCUGGCAACGAGAAUGAUACUACCAAAGAAAAGCCGACGCGACAUUUAAAGUUGCUGACCAAUCGCAAGCUGAUAUUUCUGUUUGUUGUCUGUGUGUUUUUCUCCUGCUUGAAUCGCAUUGAAGGCCGUCCGAAUAGUUUGCCGCAACAAAAUGUGAUUACCGAUGGUUCGCCCGUCACUCUGCCGACCCCAGCGGCUGUGAUCGCUGCUACAACCUCAAAAGCGGCCAGGCAGGAUGAAAGCGGUGCAACAACUGCACGUUUGUCGGGCGGUGCUGGUGACAGUGAUGGCAAUAAAAUUGCACUGCAAACAAACGCAAUAGCACCAGAACCUACACCUAGUGAUAAGCCAAAAGAAGUCGAUACACAUAGACCACCGAUAAUGAUUUCAGCACACGACGACGAUGAUCCAUAUGCACACAGGCCUGAGCGCUAUCCGCUCUCACAAGUUGAUUUUGACAGGGUGAAAACGCCAUUCAUAAUCGGCAUUUGGAUACUUUCAGCGAGCAUAGCGAAAAUUGGUUUUCAUAUGACACCGAAAUUGCACCUCAUUUUCCCCGAGUCGUGUUUGCUUAUAGUUGUUGGUGUAAUUAUUGGUUUCGUAUUGUAUUUCUGCACGGAUGUCGCCGUCUCACCGCUUACACCCAACACAUUCUUCUUCUACAUGCUGCCGCCAAUUAUCCUGGAUGCGGGCUACUUUAUGCCAAAUCGCUUAUUCUUCGAUAACCUGGGCACAAUCCUACUGAUGGCUGGCAUCGGCACGGUUUUCAAUACGGCAACCAUUGGUCUGUCUCUUUGGGGCUGUGGUCUGACUGGCAUGUUUGGACCAGAAGUGCCACGGUUUUUGGACACUUUCCUCUUCGCUGCGCUUAUUUCUGCUGUUGAUCCUGUAGCUGUUUUAGCAGUUUUCGAAGAGAUCCACGUUAACGAGGUGCUGUAUAUAGUGGUGUUUGGCGAAUCGUUGUUGAACGAUGCUGUGACAGUCGUAAUGUAUCAUAUGAUGGAAGUAUACAACGAAAUCGGCAUAUCAAAUAUAAUAGCUCAAGAUAUUGCUAGUGGUGUAGGUUCAUUCUUUGUUGUUGCCAUUGGCGGUACUGUUAUUGGCAUCAUUUGGGGCUUCCUUACUGGUUUGGUGACGCGUUUCACCGAUCAUGUGCGCGUGAUUGAACCGAUAUUUAUCUUCGUAAUGGCAUACUUGGCAUAUCUCAAUGCGGAAAUAUUCCACAUGAGCGGCAUUCUAGCUAUUACCUUCUGUGGCAUCACAAUGAAAAACUAUGUUGAAGCGAAUAUUUCACAAAAAUCACAUACAACAAUAAAAUACGCACUCAAAAUGUUAUCCAGUUCAUCUGAAACAAUCAUAUUCAUGUUCCUUGGUGUAGCAACAGUCAACAAUAAUCACGUGUGGAAUACUGCCUUUGUGCUGUUGACUAUCACAUUUUGUUCGGUAUAUCGUGUGUUCGGCGUUGUGAUAUUAUCUGCGUUAGCGAAUCGUUUCCGAUUGCACAAGUUGUCACGUGUCGAUCAGUUUGUUAUGUCCUAUGGCGGCUUGCGUGGUGCGGUCGCCUUCGCAUUGGUGCUGCUGGUUGAUGAGCGGAUUGUCAAGCAGAAGGAUAUGUAUGUGACAACCACAAUAGCGGUGAUUUAUUUUACCGUUUUCCUGCAAGGCAUAACGAUAAAACCGCUGGUAAAGAUGUUGAACGUGAAGCGAGCAAGCAAGCGGAAGCCGACAAUGAAUGAGCGCAUACACGAACGUUUCAUGGACCAUUUAAUGGCCGGAAUUGAAGAUAUAAUCGGCAAGACUGGCAAUUAUAAUGUGCGUGAUAAAUUCAAGCGUUUUGAUAACCGCUUUAUCCGGCCGCUGGUAAUCAGAGACUUAAAGGGUGCUGAACCUAAAAUCAUUGAAACCUAUUCGAAACUCACGAUGCGUGAUGCUAUGGAGGUGAUGCGUCGUAAUCCAUCAACCAUCGGACAAAUAACGGCCACCGAAUCGAUGAGUGCACUGUUCCGAAAUUACACCAGUAAUUGUAUUGGUGGAAGGUGGGCACCGCCAACUAUUUACACAACAUGUCCAAGCCUUACCAAUCUGGACAACAGUUGCUCACGAAAUCUUGAUAUGCAUGAGCUGGACUACAAUCCGUCGAAGAAGGAUCUUACAGAUGCAAAAAUACACCAUCUGCUUGCCGAGGAGCUGAAACCAUAUAGAAGGGCAUCGAUGCAAAUGCACCGCCGCCUUAGUUAUAGCCGACACGCAGUAGACGACAGAGAUUUGUCUACGCAGGUAAAUUACAAAAUGCAAAUGAACUUCCGACGAAUGUUCAACGAUCGGAAACAUCACAAGCGCAGCAAACGAGGCACGAGCAAGCAACCAGACGGCGUUAAACAGAAUCACGUCUCUUUCCACGACUUCCAACAGAAUGGCACAACGAAACAAUUUACGCAUGGUACGAACAAAACGAAACAUCAAUUUCGCAAAAUUCUAAUCAGAAAACAUAAUCACAAUUCACUUAACAAAUAUCGUAGAUUAGAAAUAGAUUAUAUUAACGAUGUUCUCAAUGAAUCAGGAGAAGAUAAUCUCGGUAAGCUGAACGAGGUGACUGUGGUGAGCGGCGAGGAUUGGGAUGAUGGUUUGACAUUUACGGCAAAGUCUUCGCCGGACUCGGAUCGAGCCAAUAAUAAUUCACUUAUAGCGCACAUACAGAAUUUACCCGGUUUCGAUGCAUCGAAGGCGCGCAUCGUACAACAUUAUUCGACAUCAAAGAGUGAGAAUGGCAGCCCGGAGAAAUUGUUAACACCCGAUGUGGGUCCGACAGCGGCCGAAUCGAUUUUGCCUUGGCGACGGGAUCGUUCCUACCAGUGCAUUGUUGCUGAGAAUCCAAUACCCGAGGAGGAUCACAAUAUCUCACGUGAUUCAGAUGGUGAACGGCGUGUAGCAACACCUACUGCUACAGAAUCGCAGUUGCCGUGGAAACGGCAGGGCGACGAACUGUCAGACGCAGUGCAGCAGAACGAAUUCCCCGCUUGGGCUUCGAAUAAGGAGUAUUUGGCAUAUAAUUCGCCCAGCGCCACAUUUUUGGGUGGCAUAAACAAACCUAAACAGCCCAAGUCUGUCAUAGGUUUAUUCCGACGCGAGAGUUGCGGCUCGAGGGGCGGCAGCAGUCUGGGCGAUCCUACCGAUGGCGCUGGUUCAGCACGUGGCUCCGACCCCACACUGGCAAAUGCAUUGAUUAGUGGCCUACCGCUGAUGCCAUUAAUACAGCCGCCGCAUGCGAAUCCACGCCUUGAUAAGCGUUCACAAUCGAUUUCGGUCGCCACAUCCGGCGGCCAUGGUGGCAUCGGUAUUAAUAUAGGCGAUUUAGCGCAUUCGGGCCCUUUCCCAGUAACGGCCAGCCAUAGGCGUAAUGUGCGGCGUGGCUCGAUGUUGGAGUUAAGUGGCAUAAAUUUCCAAUAUCAACGUGUCUAACACUACACCAACGCUCAAACAAAAUCACAAAAAUAUCGGCUUUACCUUACUGUAGCCACAUGAAAGCUACAAAUAUGUAUAAGUUUUAACGAACUUAUAUACAUUUAAAUAUACACACACGCAAACAUAUACGCAAUUUUCUAAUUUAUUAAAUGCGAAACACUCACGGUUUAUGAAAUUGUUUAGCAUCUCUUUGUAGUUAGUGAUCCGGCGCUAGUUAUGUAUAUAAAAAAAUAUUUAUAAUUACCAACAAAACACAAACUCCAUUGCACAAACACACAAUUUUAUGCAACUAUACAUAAAAACAACACAACACAAAUAUUAGCAGUACUAAUAAGUUAAAAAUUGAGGAAGCUGUGUCACACAAACAACACAUACGAAUUGGCCAUAACCGGAGACUCACCAACAUAAACACUGAAUUGCUCAUAUUUUAGUUUUUAAAAAGUAAGUAAUAUAGGUAAAAUUUACUUACAUAUAAAUUUAAAUAUACUUAUUUUUUUAUAUGUAGGUUUAUUUUUGUAAUCGUUUAUGUAUUCUAAUUUAAUAAAUAACCAAUUAAAUUUGACUAAAAUAUAUUUUGUGUGGAUACUCGUAUAUUUAUGGUAUAUACAAUUAUGUUUUGUAAAUAUAUAAUAGCUAUUAUAUGUAUGUAUGUAUGUAUAUAUUGGGUAGUCGAAAAAGUCUUUUCGUAUUUUGUCAAUAGAUGUCGUUGCAGUCGUAUAUCUCCAGUGCUAUCACAUUGUGUCAUACCAUAUAGUGUUGGAAAGGAGAGAUUAAGCUUUAUUUAACCAAAAAAAAAAUUAAAUUCGGGGGAAAAAAUUAAGUUACAGCUGUUCAAAAAUAAGUGAAAAUAAUGAAGGAAUUCGCUAUAUGCACUUCGCUCUGGUCGAUCUAUCGUUGAAAAAGUCAUGGCUAAUAUUGACCAGGACCAUCAAUAAAGCAGCCAUGACAUCGCUAAGGAACUUAGCAUUCAUCAUGGAACGGUUUUAAAGCAUUUAAAAAAGGCUGGCUACAAAAAGAAGCUGGAUGUUUGGAUAACACAUGAAUUGUCUGUGAAAACUUUAAUGGACCGAAUUAACAUCUGCCAUUCUUUGCUCAAACGGAAUGAAACCGAACCAUGUCUGAAGCGAAUGGUAACAGGGGACGAAAAGCCGAUCAAAUAAGACAAUAAUGUGCGAAAAGGAUUAUGGUCCAAGCGUGGUGAAGCUCAACAAACGAUCGCAAGGCCAGGAUUGACGCCUCGAAAGAUUAUGCUGAGUGUUUGGUGGGCUUGGAAAGCUUGGAAAUCCACUAUGAGCUGCUCCAGCCUGGUUUAAUUCUACAUUUUACUGUCACCAAAUGAUGAGAUUAAAGCGAACAAUCGAAAAAAAUGGCCAAGCUUGGCUGGCAAGUUUUGAUGCGCCCACCUGACCUUGCGCCAUCGGACUGCCAUUUGUUUCGGUCAAUGCAGAAAUUCCUCAAUGGAGUAAAGUUGGUUUAAAAGAAGCUUAGAAAAUUACUUGUUGCAGUUUUUCGCCGAGAAAGCAGAGAAUUUUUACACUGAUGGAAUAACGUCUCUAGCGGAAAAAUUUUGCCAAAAAGUGAUACAUAUUUGGUUUAUUAAAGUUCAUUAUAAACAUAAAAACAUAUGUUGAAGUUUGUUUAGUAAUACGAAAAGGCUUUUUUGACUACCCAAUAUUAGUUCCUAUUGUUGUAUUCUAUUUAGCUUAAGAAGGCAAUUUUAUUUCAUUUUAAUUCUUAACAUAAUUUAUACAUGAAUUUAAACAUUUUUGUUUUUUUUUUUGCUCAGAAAUACGAGAAUGAAUCUCAAUGAAUGUAUUUAUCAGUGAAACCAAGGCUAUUACUAGGUAUUCAUGGCGCAAUAAAGUUUUUUAAUUUAAUUAAUGAAAUUUGGUCCUACAAACCAUACAGUAUUAUGUAAUAUUUAAAUACAAGCAGUUUCUAUUUAUGCUACAACUAUACUUUUAAGUUAUAUGAAUGCUUAUAGGCUAAAUAACACUUACUUAAUAAGUUAUAAAUCACUGCAUCAUGUUUCUAAACACUUAUUAUAUAUUUAUUAGUAAAAUUCGAUAUCGAUAUUUUUUUUGUUUAUAAAAAUAAAAAAACCUAAAUUUUUUUUUUAAUAAAAAAAAUCUAAAAAAUUUCAUUGCUUAUAAUAUUUAGACAUACUAUAAGUAUUAUGUGCUUAGUUGUUCAAAAUGUACAUAAAUUGUUUGGCUAAAUAUGUUUUAUUCCAAUAUUUUUUAUAAAUUUAGUUUUAAGUUUUGGUAGGGUUUAAUUUUAUAGUGUGUUGUAAUAAAGUGUACUAUUGCAAAUAUACAUGUUCAUAUAUUUAAUUAUUUAUGAAAUUAAGUUAUAACUCUUUUUAAUGCAUCUUAAUAAACAUUUACUUGAACUGUAAAUACUAUAUUCAACUCUACGGUUUAUUAAAAAACUUAUGCUUACUUGCUGCUGGUCUUGUUUUUCUUCUCUCACUGGUGCUUUUCAUGUUUAUAUACAUUUUAUUAGUAUAUGUAUGUGUACAUAAAAAAUUUAUGAUAAAUCUAUUACAGCUUGAAAUAUCCAUCACUUACUACUUUUUGUAAUAUUUUAGAUAAGCUUUACAUGUAAUUUCAAAUGCUUCUUACAUUUUAACGAUUUUUAUGCUUUGGUCAAUAAAUUGUAUAUAUGAAAAAUUAGUAUGGGUAUAUUACGAAAAAAAAACUUUUUAUUAUAUUACUAUUCAUAGCUUGCUUUGCUUUCAUCGCUGCUGCUAAGCAUUAUACUUUUGUGUACUUAUGGACUAAAGCUUAUGAUUUUGUCGGCUUCUUACCACUUUCUGUAGGAAAAAAUUGCUUUCACUCGCAUGAGUUCUUGGUUCUGUGCUUAAAAACCGUGCUCAUUCAAACUUGUAUACGCUUAAACAUUUUUAUAAAAAGCCAUAUACAUACAUAUUGCUUAUCAAUAUUUUCUACAUACAUAUGUACAUAUAUAACUAUGUAUUUCGAA